AGACAGCACACAGGAGACCCUGGCGAAGGAGGAGAUCGAGGAGACGAAUUCCAGCAAAAAACGCGACUCCGUCAUCAAGGAGUACAGACAACGCGUGGCAGAGCGAAAGAUGGAACUGGAACGGCUGGAGCGCAUGAUAUUCUACACUCGUCCGCGGGACGAUUUCGAAAUACGUGGCAAGAGCCGUAUACAAGCUCAAGAGGUUGCCAUCAAAGACGAGCUGGCGCGACUGGAGGACGCGUUCGUCAAGCUGCAGAACGCCACCGGAGUGUCCAGGUCGGAGGAGGUUCUAGGUCGCUUUCUGAGUCAGCAAUCGACCAAGGACAGUCUGCAGAAGAUGCGAGCGGCCACGGAGCAAGAGAAGAUGGUGCUGGAGAAAAAGCGACAGGAACUCACCGCCGAAAUCGAGACGAGAAAGUUCUCAGAGACGAAGAGCGCCGAGCAGAACGCCGAGGCGAUGACGAAGUUUAACGCACAGAUCGACGAACAACGGUCUCGCAAGGAGACGGCCGAGGCUGCGAGUCGACGAAUACGUGAGCUUCUGGACGAAGUAACCAGUACGUUGUAUACAUUGUACGAGAAGUUUCAGCAUGUUACAGAUACUCCCUUGCUCGAGGAUGUCCAAAAGAAUGAUACCUUAACGAUUAUCGAAUUAUUAAACGACAGAGUUAAACAUGUACUGGAGGUUUCGAGCGUACCUGACAAAUAUCUCGAAGUGACGGAUGAAGCAUCAUCAGAUAAAGUAUCAUCAGAUAAAGUGGAAACAGUAUCGACCGUUACUUCGGCAGAAGGUAGAGCAAUACGUACAAAUGGCAGCGGGCCAUUGUUCCCGCAGUUUCCAUUUAGUGGGACCCUCGCUCCUCCGCCAUCCGAAGACGAGGAAGAAGUGCCGUCCCGAAACGUGCUAAAGAGACAAGCACAAUUGCUUGUCGACACUAAGAGCCGACGCAAAGGAAUCGCUCUCAGAAGAUAGAUUACUUUAUGAUUAUUGCUAAUGGCUACUGAAAAUCGAUUUUUGUAGAAAGAUUGUGCGGAUUCUUUUAGCAAUCUUCAAACUUUGAAAACUUUGUAUUAAGACUUAAUAUCAAGUAUUAAUGCAAUGUAUUAAUCCACAGCAUUAAAAUUAACGCAAAGUUUUGUGUUUAAAAAUUGCUAAAAAAUCCACACGGACUUUUCAGUUAAUCGUGUCUUAUCUAUGUAUAAUAUAUACGUACAUGUAAUAAUUAAUUAUGAAAUAAAGAAGAUGUAACAA